GUCAUGCUGUGAAGCUUAAGACUGUCAGUUCAACUGCUUUUUAGGCACUUCAUGCUAUGAAAGUUAAGGGGGACAAGAUCCAGUUGAUUCAUACGGAGGUCUCUCUUGCUUGCUGUUGGGCUUCGACAGACCUAAUCUCUGAAGAUAAUUAAAGUUCCCUUGUGCUGAAUGCUUAUGGGAACCUCGUACAGUAUACGUUUGAUAACUAGACCUGGUGAAAACUUCAAUCUUCAAGUCAAUUAGAAAGUCCAGUAUUUGUGUUAAGCAGCUAAAAAGCUUGAUAAUGGCCCCGCUACCGAAUGCUGAAUUAGUUCAGAACUCUUUGCAGUUAUAUCGUUACCUGCUUCGAUGCUGUAAGCAACUUCCUGAAGAGAAUAUUCGUCAGCAUUACAGACAUGCAGUCAGGCAGAGUUUCAAAGUUCAUGCUGAUGAAGACAAUCCUGAGCGAAUCCAACAGAUUAUUAAGAGAGCCAUUGAAGAUGCUGACUGGGUCAUGAAUAAAUUCAAGAGAGAAAGCACCAAGGAGCUGGAAGGUGCAACCGUGGCAUGUCUGCAGCUCCAAAUGUCUGAGGUGCCAGCUGAGAUAUGGGAACAUCAAACCAAAGGUAUGAUAGAUGUAACUGAUAUGGUAGGACCAGGAUCUGUGAAUUUUAGUCUUUGGAAACUGAUAGAACAUGCAGUUCCUAGUAAGAUGCAGAGAGGGAACAUAGUUGCUGAGGCAGGAGACACUGUGACUGAGUAUUUUGACAGUAGUGAUUCAGUUGUAGGCCACAAUGAGAUGUCUGAGUCUUUUUUUUUAUACAAACAUAAUCUGCUUUUCAAAGUAAUAAACCUUUUAAUAGAAUGGAAAUAUAAUGUGAAGAUAACUUUAUUUACUCUGUUAUGGAGCAAAGAAUUUUGGUGGUGGUGAGACAUGAUGCAAACUACUGACUUCCUUGUAAUGGUGAAAGUAACUCCAAUGUCACAGACAGACGUUUCUCUAAUGACCAAGCUGAAGAGUCAUUCAGCUGCAUAAGCUAAGGCUUUUAUGUUUUAAAGACGUUAUACAAAUUGUGUUCUUCAACAGAAGAACCAAAAUGUUAUAUUAGCCUAGAUGUAGAUGUUUAAAAAAAAAAAGCUCACAGUGCUCAUUAAACUGUUGAUGCAACAAAGGAUAAUGCCAGUAAAAAGGGACAAGCCUAUACUGUUCAGUAUACAGGGUUUAGUUUCUUUUUACUGCAAUGAAGAAUCUGUUUUUGUACUUCUGUAUCAUGCCAGUUCUGGUAAGUAAGGGACUGUUGAUAGGUAUAUGCAAUAAUUGAGUGAUUAAGGGCCCAUCAUAUCAAAGCCCCAGUUUUUGUUGGCCGCACUGAUAAGCGCUCCUACAGCAAGCAUUCAGAUACCAGCAUCACUUUCAGCGUGGAAUAGUAUCUCCUGGCCAUUCAUUAGCCUGAGGGUUUUCAUUGUGUUUAUGCAAAUGUAAUAACUACAUUCUGGAAACAACAGUUUUGCAGCUGGUUACUGUAAGACCUUGGGUCAAUAAUGUCUCCUAAGUACACCUGUACAAUUAGAGGAGCUGAGUGGAAUUAACUGUUCAAAGGUUGUGUACAGACAACUCUGUCAGUUAAGCUAGAGAGAGGUUUUUCACAGGAGGCUUGUUAUGCAAGGCAAACAUUAGAACAAGGAAAAGGCAGUUGGGAGACUUCUGUUAAUAGGCUGGGCUCAUGCUUUUAAUUCUUGAAGUAUGGAGAAACAGAUUAUUUAGAUCACAUUUUAGCUAAGGAAAAUGAGAAAAAAGUUCUUAGUCAUUACCUCCACAUUAUAUACUUAUCAACAUUCAGUCUAAGGACAGAACUAAAUUUGGUGCUAUACUUUUCUAUAUGUAUAACAUUAGGAGCCUAAAGCUGAAAUCAUGUGGAAAUAGUCUGUACAUUACAAAUGUGGAAGUGACGUGUCUAGAAAGACUGGAACAAUGGCAAUUUACUGGUGGAUUAGUUGAUGUGUUUUGUUUAGUGUUUAGGUUCUUGCUCUUAAGCCCACAGACAAAUGUUAAAGGGUCUACUUUUGUAUUACCAGCCUUGGAGCCUCAUGUAGAAGCUUUCUGUGUAGUGAAAAUCUUUCCUUUUUUUUUAAUUUGUUGAUGUCAGGUUUUGGUAUGGAAAAGACUGUAAAUUUGUGGUUUAUCUAAAAUAUAGGAUAGUAUUCUGCACUUCACAUGGUUAAAGAGCUGUAUAUAUUUCUGAUCAUUCUUAUGUCAGAGGUGUUAUUGAUUUCAAUUCACUCUUGCCACUGAAAGUCAUCUGAGCCCUGUGGGUACUGAAUAGGAUACUUCCAUCCCAAGCCAGGUUUCGCUUAGCACCGUUUGUCAAUAAUUGAAUAUUCUUUAAAUCAUUCUUUAGCUUUAGCACUUUGUAAACUCUUUUUCACUUGGUUCAUUAUGUCACAGGCAUUGCUUUUUGUUUAGAGACACGUGAGCUUAAGAACUUGGUGCUAAACAAAAACAUCUCUUCUAUAGUGUUUGGCUCAUUUUCAAAUGUCAUAAGGAAGUGAUCUUUACUGUGAUACUAUAAAGAACAAGUAUACACAGUAUUUCUGAGGAAAACAAAUCAUAUUCAUUGUGAUCUUUUCUUCAGGGAAACAGUUUCUUAUCUGUGAAUAGCUUUUAUCUUGGCAUUACAAAUUGUGCCUUCAUAUAAAGCUCUAAGAUGCAACCCGAACAGGCAGCACAGCGGCUGUGAGUCUUAGACAUUCAAUAUCGUAAUAUUCAUUAUGAGAGUCCUUGACCUUAAACUGUAAGAACGAAUCUUUAGAGCUUUAUGCUCCACAAUGUAGCAUCCCUCAGUGGCAUCCAAAAUAGCAUAUGUUUAUUUGAAAUGCAUGUAGUCUCUUUGUCAAGAACUGUGCUCUAAAGCAAGUCAGUAACACAUGAAAAUGGCUUGACUCUGUACUGUGCUGCCCACUUGGUCAGUUGCUUUACUGCAGUCUUUCCUACUGUUCAGAGGCGGUGUAUUUCUUCAUGAGCAUGAGCCAGCUGGCACAUCUUUCAACUUUUGUAUUAUUUGAUUAAUUUAUCUUAUACUUCUGUCAAGCCAGGUUUUAUGAAAUAGUGUUAACUGAAGUAUACACUAGUCAUCAAGUACUCCUUUCAGCUUGUGAUUAAUCAGGGCAGACACAUUAACUUUAAAAAAAAAAAGUGUUCUUUGAAGAAUAUUUUCUGUUUUCCUCAUAAUUGUGUUUGAUAUUUAAAAUAGUUUUUAGAAGUUUAGAAGCAGAUGGGGGCAUCUGUCACUCGCAGCUAAGAGCUUAACAAUGUUUGUAUUUAUCAUUGGUCAGAGAGGUCCCUGACACUGCACACUUAAGGGAGUAAUCCUGCACACUUAAGUAAGCUAGUAGAUUAUGAGGACAGUUCUGGAACUGCUGUUUAUAGUGUUUACCUAUGAACUGAAAGGCCUAAGAAGUUAACUUCCCUAUUCUGUAACUAUCAACUGGGUGCCUUUUACCCCAGAAGAAUCUGCCUUCAUAUUCUGUGUUAAUCUAUUUUGAAAAGGAUUAACUUGAUUUUUUUAAUUGGUAACUUCUGAGAGAGCUUUGUUUGGGUGCUUCACCACCUUAUAUAAAAUAUUCUUUCAGCUGCCUGCCCCACAACAUUAGAUUGAACUGCCUUAUUACCUGUGUGCUUCAUCUGUUUAAACACUAGUGCACUUUAUGUCCUUUUAUUACAGCUUAUUUUUUGCACUCUUUGGUAUCCUUUUUGAAAGAGGUUUAAAAAUGGUGGUGUUUUGAUUAAUAUUUCCUGUCACUUUACAGAAUGGAUUUUAAAAGAUAGAAAAUUGACACUAAAUUGUU